UUGGUGUAGUCGUUUAAUAUAUUAUAUCCCGUAGCGUCGUUUCAGAUCAUGGAUCGAGCCAAGUAUCACAACUUCUUCUACCCAUCCUGUAUAUUGUCCUUUUUGUUCUGUCUUGGAAUACAAAUUUUUUAGUAAACGAGAUUUUACGAAAAAAGUUCUUCAUAUUCAUAGGGAGAACAACGAUUUUUUUUUAUGUGAAUUUGAUAUAACAGGUGAGAAACCGCUAUUUUUCAAUUAAAUCAAUUAAAUUAUUAAUUUAAUUGAUUUAAUUGAAAAAAAAAUUCUCUUUUGCGAGAACCCUAAGUAUAACUUCACUAUAUUAUAUAUAACGGAACCCUUUUUUUUUAAGACCCACUCGUUAGUAGUUAAUAAUCCGAGUGAUUGGAUUUAGAUCCUAUUCCUGGUAGGAAAUGAGAUAUUCAAAUGAUUUAUUUUUUAUCGAAUGACUAUUCAUCUAUUGUAUUUUGAUGGAAAUAGGGGCAAGAAAGCUCUAUGGAAAAAAGAUGGUUAAAUUCGAGGUUGUCUAACGGGGAGUUAGAAUACAGGUCUAGGCUAAGUAAAUCAAUCAAUAGUCUUGGUCCUAUUGAAAGUGAAGGAUCAAUUAUCAAUAAUAUGAAUAAAAACAUUCCUAGUCAUAGUGACAAUUCUAGUUACAGUACUGUUGAUGAUUUAGUCGGCAUUCGGAAUUUCGUAUCUGAUGACACUUUUUUAGUUAGGGAUAGUAAUAGCAGCAGUUAUUCCAUAUAUUUGGAUAGUGAAAAUCAAAUUUUUGAGAUUGACAAUGAUCCUUCUUUUGUAAGUGAACUAGAAAGUUUUUUUUAUAGUUUUCGGAACUCUACUUAUAAAAAUAAUGUAUCUAAGAGUGAUGAUUCCGACUAUGAUAGUUGGAAUAAUCACAUUAAUAGUUGCAUUGACAGUUAUCUUCGGUCUCAAAUCUGUAUUGAUAGUUACUUUUUAAGUGGUAGUCACAAUUACAGUGACAGUUACGUUUAUAGUUACAUUUGUGGUGAAGGUGGAAAUAGUAGUGAAAGUGAGAGUUCCAGUAUAAGAACUAGCACGGAUGGAAGUGAUUUAACUAGAACGGAGAGUUCUACGGAAAGUUCUACGGAAAGUUCUACGGAAAGUUCUAUCGAAAGUUCUACGGAAAGUUCUAUCGAAAGUUCUAUCGAAAGUUCUACGGAAAGUUCUACGGAAAGUUCUACGGAAAGUUCUACGGAAAGUUCUACGGAAAGUUCUACGGAAAGUGAUACCGAAAGUUCUAAUGAUCUAGAUGGAACUCAAAAAUACAGGCAUUUGUGGGUUCAAUGCGAAAAUUGUUAUGGAUUAAAUUAUAAGAAAUAUUUUAAAUCCAAAAUGAAUAUUUGUGAACAAUGUGGAUACCAUUUGAAAAUGAGUAGUUCAGAUAGAAUCGAACUUUUGAUUGAUCCAGGUACUUGGGACCCUAUGGAUGAAGACAUGGUCUCUUUGGAUCCCAUUGAAUUUCAUUCGGAGGAGGAACCUUAUAAAGAUCGUAUUGAUUCUUAUCAAAUAAAGACAGGAUUAACUGAGGCUAUUCAAACAGGCACAGGUAAAUUAAACGGUAUUCCCAUAGCAAUUGGGAUUAUGGAUUUUAAGUUUAUGGGGGGUAGUAUGGGAUCUGUAGUAGGCGAGAAAAUCACCCGUUUGAUCGAGUAUGCUACAAAUCAAUUUUUACCUCUUAUUUUAGUGUGUGCUUCUGGAGGAGCACGCAUGCAAGAAGGAAGUGUGAGCUUGAUGCAAAUGGCAAAAAUAUCUUCCGCUUUAUAUGAUUAUCAAUCAAAUAAAAAAUUAUUCUAUGUAGCAAUCCUUACAUCUCCUACUACUGGUGGGGUGACAGCUAGUUUUGGUAUGUUGGGGGAUAUCAUUAUUGCCGAACCCGAUGCCUACAUCGCAUUUGCGGGUAAAAGAGUAAUUGAACAAACAUUGAAUACGACAGUCCCUGAGGGUUCACAGGUGGCUGAAUAUUUAUUCGAUAAGGGCUUAUUCGAUCUAAUCGUACCACGUAAUCCUUUAAAAGGUGUUUUGAGUGAGUUAUUUCAGCUCCACGCUUUCGUUCCCUCGAAUCAAAAUUCANAUCAUCAGUGGUCAAUAUAUUCUAAUACAACCGGACUCAAGUAA